ACCUCGAUGAUGAGCCACGUGCACCGAAACCGAGUUGUACUGAAAACGUUGAGCGUGUGCGUGGAUUGCUCGAAGAUAAUAAGCGAGUGACCAUCAGGAAAAUAGCUGAUGAACUCAACCUCACUUUCAAUGACGUCCAAAAGAUUAUCCAACGAGAUCUUGGCUUCACCAAAAGAUCGUCGAGCUGGGUCCCGAACAAAAAGAGAUCCAGGACGAAGAAACCGGAUCAUGAUCCGGCAGAAGAAGUAAUCCCUGCCAUUGUUGAUGACCUAUCACCGUUGGUCGAUCCUGUGAACAUUUUUACCCAAUUCUUGGAGUGUUCCACGUCGGAAUAAUCUUUUUAAAAAAUAUUAGAUUCUCUUAUUUUGAUAGAUCACUGUGUGUUUCCUGUUUCCAGGCAGCAAAUGCUUUAUCCAAAAAUUAUUGCCGAGGCCGCCAUAGGUUUUAUUCAGGGGUCUUGGGCUCUUAUGUGAAAAGAGCAGUUAACUUGUAAUCGUGUAGAUGACGCUGCAAGUGCAGAUUGGUGAGAAGACAUAUCCAAGUUUCAAUGAAACUGACUGCAUCCAUUUCUCAAUGAUGUCAGCACCUCAGCAACAAGAUACCACAGGUGUUGGAUAACGUAUUCACUUUUUUUUUACAUCCAAUUUUUCAAAUGUGUGAAGUAAGCUUUGGAAUAUGUUUGGAUUUGUGGUGAUGAGAGUUAUUUAUUUUCUGCGUGCUUGGGUUGCUUUGUUUUUAUCAAGUUUGUCAUUGACAUCCUGAACAGGGCAGGCGUUUCAGUGCUCCCUUGUUUGCGUGCUAUGAUGUCUUGUGUGAUGAAAAGAGCUUUGAAUUCAAAGACCCCGAUGGAGAAAUGAAUUAUCGGGAUUUACGAGGCUGUAAUCGAAGACUGAAAUCGAUGUUCUGACGUUUCUGUCUAAAAAAUUUUGAUGGACAGUCUGUCAUUGCGA